UCCAAUUCCCCUUUCUUCCUCCCACCAACAAUGGCGGACUACAUUCUCUACUUCCUCCUCUUCUUCCUCUCGUGUCUCUUCCUCCUCUUCCUUCUCCACAAAACCUCCGGAUCUGCCUCCUCCUCCGCCGCCGCCGCUAAACUCACUCUGCCGCCGUCUCCUCCGUCUCUGCCUCUGAUCGGCCACCUCCACCUCCUCCUUCCGGCGAAUUACAAGUCCUUCUUCAACAUCUCCUCCAAGUACGGUCCGCUCCUCCACAUCCGACUCUGCUCGCUGCAGUAUGUCCUCGUCUCCUCCGCAUCUCUCGCUGCUGAGAUCUUCAGAACGCACGAUCUUACGUUCUCGUCGCGGCCGGAUUUCGCCUUCAGUGAGGAGUAUCCGUACGGUAAAGUCGGAUUCCUUGGCGCUCCCUACGGUGAUUACUGGCGGUACAUGAAGAAGUUGACGAUGAUGGAGGUUCUUGCGCCGCCGCAGCUUGCGCGGUCGCGAUUUGUGAGGAAUGAAGAGAUCUCUCGUAUGCUUCAUAAGUUGCUCCUCAGUUCCCAGAAAAAGGAGUCAGUGGACUUGGGAGCUGAGUUGAUAAAGCUCACAAACAACAGCAUAUGCAGAAUGAUGAUGAGCACAAGAUGCUCUGAAGAGAACAAUGAAGCAGAGAAUAUCAGAAAAUUAGUAAAUGACACCAUUGAAAUCGCCACAAAGCUCGCCUUCGGAGAUCUCUUCAGCGAAGGUCCAUUGAAGAGGCUCCCAUUCUGGCUCUUCGGCAAGAAGGUUCUCAAACUCAAUAUCAGAUUCGACGUUCUGUUGGAGAAGAUUCUGCAACAGCACGAAGAACGAGCCAAAAUUCAUGGUUUCGAAAGAGACGAUCGCGAUCUCAUGGAUAUAUUGCUGAAAGCGUAUUUAGACGAGAAAGCCGAGUUCAAAAUUACUCGAAACCACAUCAAAGCCUUCUUGCUUGAUCUAUUCAUCGCCGGCACCGGAACGUCCGCGGAGGUUAUGCAGUGGACGAUCGCCGAGCUAAUCAACCAUCCCAACGUGUUUCGAAAGGUCCGCCAAGAGAUCGAAUGCGUCGUUGGAUCAAGACUCGUCGAAGAAACAGAUAUCGUGAAUCUUCCUUACAUGCAGGCGGUGGUGAAGGAGUGUCUGCGGCUGUAUCCGGCGGUGCCGGUGGCAAGAAGAGCCUGCCGGGAGACUUGCAAGGUGAACGGAUACGAUAUUCCAAAGGACAUCAUGGUUGCAGUCGACCUGUUUGCGAUAAUGCGCGAUCCAAAUCUGUGGGAGAAUCCCGACGAAUUUCGGCCCGAGAGAUUCUAUAAUGCAAAUCCAAAUAAAGACGAAGGCGAUCAAGGAAUGAAGCACAUUCAAUACGAGAUCAAGGGACAGAAUUUCAGCUUCGUGCCGUUCGGGGGAGGAAGAAGGGGCUGUCCCGGGUCGUUGUUGGCGUACAACACGAUCAACAGGACGGUGGCGGCGUUGGUUCAGUGCUUUGAUUGGAAGGUUGGGAAAGAUGGAAAUGGAGAGAAGGUGAACAUGGAGAUUGGAACUGGAAUUAGUCUGCCAAUGGCUCAUUCUUUUAUCUGUGUUCCUGUUUCUCAUUCCACACCUUUUGUUGCUUAGUGGUGAGGAAUUGUGAACGGAAGCUCCGAGAUUUGAAUUAUAUUCUAUCUCGAACUUUUUAAUAAUGUGUUCUUCAAGUUCUUGUAGUGUUGUAUCCACUUUCAUUCAACCAAUCCAUUAGAUCAACAACUGACUACAUUA